AUAUAGUUGUAGAAAAAUAUGGAGGAAAGACGUCUACCGUCCCCAAAUUCGUUAAAUUCGAGUAUAUCUUCAAAUGGUGCCCAAGUUGGCGUGAUUCGGACUCUAAGCGCGUCUUCGCCCCGUCAACAUCACGGUAAAAAUUCCCAUGGUCACGUGCUUAUAAGGAAAGACACGCCGAGAGUUUUAGAUCUUCCCGUAAAAGUACCAUCAAAAUGCAAACCAACGUGUGGCUUUCGAGAUUUAUAUAACAUGCAUUCUUACAAGAUUGAAAAGUCGACCGUAAAACAGAAAUACUUGACUGCAGGAACUCAAAAUGCAACUGAAAUGUUAAUCAACUUGGCUCAGAUGAAUGGUGGCUAUGUAAAUAUAGGAGAUAUUCCAACAGAGGUAGCUGAAAAAGUUUUUUCAAAGCAUCAAGCAACUAAAGAAAGUGCAAGAACGACUUACGAUAAAUGUGUAUGUUGGUUGAACGCUAUUUCAUUAUCUCCGUGAACCAUAAAUCAUAGACAGAGCGAUAAAACCAAACAAAUAAAAACAAAUAGAAUAGUUUUUUUUUUUUAAAAAAAAAAUAUAAACUAAAAUUUUACUUUAUCUUUUUAUUAUUAGCUUAUUAUUACUUCCAUUUUACUUUAAUUUGUUGUUUUGUUUGUUUUAACUUUUUUCUUUAAAAAAACAAAAAAAGUGAAGAUGAAUAACAAAAAAAAAAGGAAAAGAAACCAAAACAAAAAAAUAUUCAUUUCUGCUUCGUUAACGGCCAUAAAAUGCUUUCUCGUAAAGCGUUCCGCAUGGUGGAUUUCGCCUCAUUUUGGCGCACUUGUGUGUUUAUCAGGCGCUGAUACGAUAAUGAAUGUAGUUUAGCGUAUUUGCUUGCUUGUUUGCGGGAAAUUGACAUUUUUCCUCUUUUCAUUUGCGUAUUAUUGUGUAAUUUACGUUAUGGAAAUAUAUGAGACGCAACCGUCCCUUUAUUAUAGCAGAAGCCGUAAAUUCAAGUUGAUAUACCGAGGAAAAUUGCCAUAAAUCGGCUACAGUCUAUCUUCAAAGGCUAAUUUUCGGAUUAUUGAAGGGAAAUGAUGAGACCGUGUUAGAAUGCGACCGUCUGCUUGUUUAAUUCGUGAUCUUCCUACUGUCUUUUCCACAUGAUAAAGCAAACGUCUAACUCAUUAUUACUAAUAGACAAUCAAGCGCAACAAGAGCACCGCAAAAAGUCAGAAAAUGGCACGAAUUUACUGAGCUAUAGUGUCCAUUCGUGACUAACGAUUUAUUUAAUACGCUUCAAUAAACAAACAGACUGCAAUACAAAAG